GGGUGGGACCCUUUCCAUUCAUAAAUCCAGGCAGCCCCCCUUCCAUCAACAUCAAGGCUGGAGGGAGACUGGGAAGGGGACUCCCCCCAUCUCUCCCCCCCCCACCCUCGCCGCCGGGCUUCUAUGGGAGGACAGGCAUCCCACCCAGACGACAGAGAGGCAAAAAGAGCGAGGAGACGCCGCCGACGCUGCGGUCCAGCCCUGAGCGGAGGAAGGCGAUGGAGCCAAGGAUGCUGUGAGCCAAACCGGCCAUGAUGCGUGGCGGCGGUCUCCUUCCCUUCGUCGAACAUGUGAGCCACUCCAGGGAAGGAAGGAUGGAGAACUGGGGAUAGAAAAAAAAGGAAGUGAGCAAGAGAGAGAGAGAGAAGAUAAAACCAAGAAAUUCCCAGCGGCAAAGACCUCCUUUUGCAUCUCUUCUUCUUCGGCCCGCUUUUGAUAUAUGCGGGCGUUCCAUUUGGCCGUGGACCAUGAGCAAUGAUUUGAGCACAUGGGGGAACACGACCGGCGAAGACGUGACGACGGUUCCCGCCAGCGCAGCCGCUGGCCAGGACGGGUACGUGCUGCUCCUGGUGCUGCUCUCCACCUUCAUCGGAGGGACCCUCAUUCUGCUAUUUGGAGUCCUGAUCAUUUGCCGCCGCUGCUGUGAGACGGACCACCGCCACUCCAGAGCCAGCGAUGACCCAGAGAAAACAAAUACCACUUACCUGGAUGACACCCAACCGGCUCAAGAGAUCACCAUCAAGGUGGACGACCCCGAUGGGAUGUCGGGCAGCGGCUUCCGAGACACGGAGAGCGAGCGGUUCCUGUCCUCGGGCAGCUCCACGGGACGGAGAGUCUCCUUCAAUGAGGCUGCGCUUUUUGAGCAGAGCAAGAAGACGCAGGAGAAGGGACGGAGGUACACCCUGACGGAGGGGGAUUUCCACCACUUGAAGAAUGCCCGCCUGAGCCACCUCCCACUGCCCCCAUCGGCGGCCCUCAAGAUCGUGACCAUCCAUGAGUGCGAAUCCAGUGAGAACAACGUCGGCAUGUCGCCCCGCCGCCCCCCCGCCAAGCCCAGCCUUGCCAUCUUUCAGCCCAGGGGUGCCGCCCUCCUGCCACAGACGGCGCUGACCGGCCACGGGAUGUGUCCCAGCUCGGCCUUGCCUGGGGACACGUUCAAUUCUACGGUGGAAGCCAGUCCGUCUGUUUCCUCCGACUCUGGCGAAGGGACCUCGUCUGAUGGUGUGGCACGCAGUCCGAAAGGUGCCAGUGCCGGGGAGCCCACCCCACCUCCUCCGGCCCAAGGUGCUGUCUUGCACUUCUUCACCCGCUUGCGCCGCCACGCCAGCCUGGAAGGGGCCAGCCCCUACUUCAAGAUCAAGAGGUGGAAGCUGGAGAGCAGCCAGCGGGCCUCCAGCCUGGACACGAGAGGUUCCCCGAAACGGCACCAGUUCCAGCGCCAGAGGGCCGCCAGCGAAAGCAUGGACCAGGAAGACCGGGAUGCGCACCAGACGGACAUCAUCCAGUACAUCGCCCGGACUGACGACGUGGUUUUCCGCCCCACGGCCGGACCCCUCCUCCCGGCCCCUGCCAGCCCCACAUUAUCUCUCGGCAGGAUAGAGCCUCCCGAGCCGCCCCCCUCCCCCCCAGCCGAGCCCCCAGCUUUGGAACAGCCCCCUGCCCCCCUUUAUCAUGACAUAUGGAGUCUACGGGCCUCGCUGGAGAUGUACGCUGCCUCCACCUCGCCCCCUGCGGAGCAAGGCAACGACCGGGAGUCCAUCCGCAGCGAUGAUGGCGGGGACAGCCUCUCCUCCAGCGGUGGCCUUCCCAGCUUCCCUUCCUCCCUGGCGGACGAAGUCGAAGAAGACCGGCCGUGGGGGAAACCCAAGCAGGACAGUGUGGAGUCAGAAUCUGGCACCCGCAAGCUCUUGCAGAUGGACAGUGGCUACGCCUCCAUCGAGGCGCCCGGUGGCCGAGUGGGUGAGGACCAAACGGCUUCAGAGAAACGGUUCUGCUUCACCAGCGCCGGACGCAAGGCCACCAUCUUCGAGAGCUUCGAGGGCCAGGAGCUGGAGGAAGAGGAGGAAGGUGCAGCAGGUGGGCUUCCCCCACACAGUCCACUAGUUUGGGCCCCGUAUGGGCAGCUCUUCCCCACCCGGGAGGCCCCGCCCCGCCGGGACUACAGCAUUGACGAGAAGACAGACGCCCUCUUCAACGCCUUUGUGCGCCAUGACCCCCAGUUCGAUGAGUCUCCACUGCGGGCCAAACACCGGUCCCGGACACACCUGCGGAAGCAGUGGCAGCGCACCAAGCAGUACAGCGACCCUGGGGUCCGCUACCCACCAGCCCUUGAGCGGCACCGGACCCCCUUGCGGCGUGGUGACAGUGUCAACUACCCUCCAGACGGCCGCUUCCAUGGAACCCUGCCCCGCAUCAUCAGCACCGGAGAUGAGGAGGCCGUGCCACCGGCUGAGGAAAGUGCAGACACAAUCCAGGUCAUUGAGGAGGAACCGCCAGAGGAAGGCAAAGCGGCGCCUGGAAUGUUUGGGGGUGAAUGCCUCGAGGAUGGUCAAUGCCCUGGCCUAGGCCGCCUCAGCCCUGAAGUGAUGGACAAGAUCACCGGAGGGCUGGAGGAAAGGUUCUACAUGCACUUGAAAAAACCACGAGAGAGCCCCGAGCGGGUGGCGGUGGCGGCAGAGGCCUCUCCUGAUCACAGCCCGGAGUAGUGGGAGCAGGGACGCCAGGCCAGUCCAUCUCCCUGUCUCUCUCAAUCUCCCCAGUGCUGGCGGGGCCCAAGCAGAGUUUGCCAGCUCAACGGGGGGCCUUGGGCAAGCCGAAGGGGCAAGGGGCCACCUCGGAAGAGUACGAGUGGUGCUCUCCGACCACAGCUGAGCAGAGGAAGUCACAUCCGACCGGAAGCGCCCUCUGCCAUUCCGGGUUCAGGCCGGGAUGCCCUUCUCGAUCCAAGGGUUGGAGGGUGCCCUCACUGGGCCCGGUCCCACGGAUAUCUGGGUGCCCGUCGCCGUCAGUAGGGGUUCUCCGUCCCUCUUUGGCAGCCUCUGAAAAGGGGAGGGAGGUCCUGACCCCAGUCAGUCAGGCCUUCUCUCCCCUGCCUGCCUGAUACCCGCAGUCAAGGACACGAGUGUGACGCCUCACGGAGGCUUGGCAUUUACCUCAGACAUCUAAAGAGCUGGUUGUAGCAAACGUUCAUGACUCCUCUGUCUCUGUGCACUCUCGGUAUCUCUCUCUCUGGUUUUUAAAAGCAAUAACCAAGGCCUUUCCUCCUCCUCCUCCUCCCCACUUGCCAUCUUUCCUCAAACGUUCUUGUGGCGGGAGGCGGCAGUGUCUUGCCUUCCAGACGGGACAAAAAGACAAGAACGAUGCCUCCAUCCCCUCCAGUGACUUUGUCCCUUGUUCGUUGGAUGGGUUUCCUUUCCAGGGGGAAGAUGCUCAACCCAGGAUGCACCUUUCCUUCCUUUCGCCUUCCUCUCAUCCCUUUAGGACUCGGCCCGACCUUGCACUGCCCGUUCCUCCAUUUCCCUAGCAAUGCUCCUUUCUCCUCUCCCCCAAUUCCAAGUUGGGUAUAGCUUCGCUGGGAUGCUGUUGCAUUACGGAUGAGAAGAGGAGAUGGGCAAAGUUGCUCAACAGUUUGAAGUUUUGGUUUCCGCAUGAAGUCGAAGUUUCUAGUUCUCAUAAGGCCUGGAUCCUUAAAGGACGCUCUCGUCUCUAUCCGUGAGAAAGGAAAGGGGGGGGGGGGGGUUCAAAGCAGUGGCCAUGGACACAUUAUCCACACUGUUCAAACUCCAAACGCAUGUCUGUCCUUAUUCUGAUAUGCCUCCCCAAUACAAGCAAAGCAGGUGCGUGAUUUUAGUGUAUUUUAAAUAUAUAUUUAUUUGUGUGUUAUUAUUUUUAAAUACAGAAAGCAAUGCAUUUUGUUGCACAUUUGGAAGCCGAUAUUGGUGAUGGGAUUAAUUUUUCUUUAAUAUUUAAUUUAAUUAGGGGCAGAGGUCUCCAGCUAUCCCUACAAUGAGGGGUGGAAAUGUCCGUGAAUGUGCCAACGCCUUUGGUUGCAUACAAAUUUUAUUGUUUUGUGCUUGAGAUAUUUGCAUGCCAAUGCAGAGUGCAUUCGGUUGGGUAUUUUUGUGGGGGACUAUGUAUUGGGAUGCGGGUCUGCUGAGGUUUUGAAGGGGGCUCUGAUCUGAUCUUCCAAGUGCUGAAGAGUCAGCGAGAGGAAGAAACAACGUUCCAAACACAACGAAAGAAGGACGAAAGUGAGAAUUUCGGCAUAGAGAUGUGCAUUCCAAUUUCCUGUGCUAUUUUCUCAUCUCACUCUUGAUCGCCCUUUUCCUUAAAGCCGGGUCUUGGCUGGGGGCGAGCAAAGCUGCUCUGUGGCCAGUGUCCAAAACCAAAACCCCACAAACCUCUUUUUGGAAGAAAACAAAAACUUUAUUAAAAACAACGUGCCAAUAA